AGUCAAACUUUCGUAUUCGCCAAGAGACGAAAGAAUAAACGAAAAACAUAUGACUCCCUGAUACGUUAUCAACGUGCGCAUCGCAUCGCGAGAAUAAUGAAACGAAGAAUUUAUCUUCGCCGCAAAGCCGCGUGGGAACAAGACGAUCCUGAAGAAACAUUCAGUGUAGACAUUGCCAACAGCAUCUGCGGAUCCGAUGUGGAAGAUCUUUCCAAUGUUCCUCAGAACGAGGGGAACAAUGCUAAUGCCGCUGGUCAACAAGACUACGUUAUUCCUGUCUUCCUGGCCAAUUUCUUGCAACAAAUAGCCAAUGCUCCUAUGUUUCAACCACCGCCUCCACUGCCUCAACGAGUGAUUACUUUCAAAUCUCUAAAAGAAAAUGGAGCGGAAGAAUUUCUGGGCGACCGAAUCGCCGAACCCCAAAUUGCUUGGAAUUGGAUUGAACAGACUGCUCGAGUGUUGAAAGAUCUGAACGUACCUCUUAACGACCACCCGAGACUCGCAACACAAUUACUUCGUGGGGAAGCCUACGAAUGGUGGAAACGCAUCGAUGAGAGUAACGAAACCCCGAAGCCAUGGACAUGGGAGUUCUUCGACUGGGCUUUCAAGAAAGAGUAUAUCCCAACACGUUUCUGUGAAGCGAAACAUACCGAAUUUGUUGAGUUGCAACAAGGGGAUAUGACGCUUCCUGAAUAUCGCCAAAAGUUUAUCAGUCUUGCCAAAUUUGCACCAACUUUGGUAAGCACCACAACUGACUGUAUUGAGGAGUUCAGGUCAAAACUCCGACCAGAUCUCAGGGCUCAAGUAUCUAUCAUACCAACGUUGUGGUUGGUCAUCAAGAACGGCAAAGAAACGGCAAUGAAGAAGGUUGGUGAAAAGCUCGUCCCAAAGACCGAGGACAAAUUUGAUACCGAAGACAUCAAAAAGGUGGAGAACUACGCAAAGGCAAUCAACAUGCUCUAUUGCACGGUCAACCCCGAUGAUUAUCGCAAGAUCUCUUGCUGCACCACUGCCAAAGAAAUGUGGGACAAGCUGGAGGUCACAUAUGAAGGCAGAUAUAAUAUGUUUACACAUCUCAUGCUAAUCCUAUUAUACAUAUUUCAUCAAUCUUUCUUCAAAAAUGCUUCAAUCAUGGCCGGAGGAAAGUCCAAGAGCAAAGCUUCCAAGAAGAAAAGCACCAUCGAAGCCUCAAGCUCUGCGUCGCCGCCGUUUCCCUAUCUCGAUGGCUCCUUCCUUGAGUUCGGAUCGGAGGAAGAACUCACGCGCUUCCUCACCCACUUCGCCAAACGCCCUAUCUCUCCGCCAAGGGUGCUGCCUGAGUUGUUCCCCCAGCAAAAAGGGUACCACGACCUUGACAAUCAACUCAAAGAGUUAGGUUUGUGGCCCUUCGUCUCCAAGAGCCGCACCUCCUACAAUCCCGCUUUUGUCCGGGCCUUCUACUCAAAUCUCCGCUGUGCCGGGGACACCAUCCACAGUAGCAUCAAUCUCUACGACAUAGAGAUUGACUUGCCGAUCAGCCAUACCUCGCUCUUCAAUGAGGAUUUGAAGGUCAUCCACGCCAUCAUCCACGGCGCCUCCAUCAAUUGGGCGAAAUUCGUCAUGAUCCACAUGGCGGAUUGUGCCUCCAUCGCCACCGAGCGGAGCUUGCCUUACGCCUUCCUCGUCAUGGAUCUCAUUGUCGCCUCCGACAUCCACAUCGCUGGACCGGAUACAAAGAUGACAAAAAUUUGGAUCAUCCAAGAUAGCACCUUCCGGAAGAAGUCUGGAGACCGGGACGACGCCGGACCGAGUCGUGCCCGUGUCUCUGCCCAUGCCCCAACCCCCGCUCCCGCCCGGGCCUCAUUGCAGUCCAUACGCGACACUCUGAAUCGGCUAACCCUCACGGUGGAUGACAUGGGUCAGUACAUGGAGCGAAUGGAUUGGAUGCUGCAACGCCAAUACCACGACAUGACGGCGUUCUUCCGCGACAUCAACUACGUCCCGCCGCCCUUCGACAGCACCAUCCUCGGCCAAAACUUUGAGGGCGAGGAUGAGGACAACUUUGAGGACGCAGUCGACAGCGAUCCCAUGGACGUCGAAGACGACGAGGAUGAUGAUGAGGACGAGGACGAGGAAGCCGAUGCCUAGACUCUUCCUUUCUUUCCUUUUUUUUAAUUCUUUUUGUUAAUGUCAAAAGGGGGAAGAUAAAAAGGUUAUGCAUAAAUUGAAGGGGAAUUU